CUCAGCAAGAGAGUAGUGAGAGUCAGAUGAUAAAUCAUGAGUGCAUGCAGGCAUGCGAAACACAAUGUCCUGUUGAAAACAUUCCUCAGAAUCUGGCUUCAGCUGGAUCAGCCACUCAGUCGUCUGAGUAUGACAACCUGGGAGGUGCCAGCAAUGCCAUAGACAGGAAGCGUGAUCCGCGGUACCACUCUGGCUCCUGUAGCCACACGAAGGCAGAGACCAACCCCUGGUGGAGACUGGAUUUGUUGGGUAUUUACAAUGUCAGCUCCGUUAGCAUUACCAACAGAGGGGACUGCUGUCAUACAAGGAUCACUGGAGCCGAGAUCCGCAUAGGAAAUCACUUGGAUGGAGUGAAGAGCCUAUUGUGUGCUGUGAUUCCUGAAAUGAAAGAGGGAGAGGUGAGGGAGUUUGCAUGUGGGGAGAUGGAGGGGCGCUACGUCACUGUUGUCCUCCCAGGGAAAGAGAAGUAUCUCAGCCUGUGUGAGGUGGAGGUCCACGGUGGCCCAAGGAAAGAGUAACACCUCAACAACCACAUUCCCAUGAAACCCAACAGGAGUCCAACAAUAUAAUAAAUUCUUUAAGCGGACCUUUGCCUUUAGUAAAAAAUACUUU